AUGGGUUCGCUGGUCUCCAAGCAGGUGGCCAAGAGAAAGUCCCUGGCGACCGAGAAGAAGGUCCUCGCAGACCUGAAGGCCACCGCCGGCGAGGAUUUCCCUGGCUCGGACUACCACCCUCAAGAUCGGAAGAAUUGGAUGUCUGGACUCGACCCCGGGAAGCUCGUCGUCGACAAGAUCGUCUGGCCCGGCACACACGACUCCGGCACGGACAGGAUCGGCGUCCCGCUCGUGAGCCGGCCCUUCGCGCAGUGCCAGUCUUGCUCCAUCUACAAUCAGCUUGCCACGGGGGCCCGUGUUCUGGACAUCCGGGUGCAAGGGGAUCGCCGCGUCUGCCACGGGAUCCUCGCCACAUACAGCGUCGACGUCGUCCUCGAGCGCGUCAAGCGUUUCCUGGCGGAGACCCAGUCGGAGAUCAUCGUCCUGGAGAUACGCACCGAGUUCGGGAAGGAGGACCCGCCAGAGUUCGACAAGUACCUGGUGGAGCAGCUGGGGGACCUCCUCAUCCACCAAGACGACGACGUGUUUCAGAAGACGGUGGCGGAGCUCCUUCCGAGGAGGAUUAUAUGCGUCUGGAAGCCUAGGAAGUCGCCGGCGCCUAAGGCGGGGGACCCCCUCUGGAGCAGCGGGUACUUGAAGGACAACUGGAUCGACACCGAUCUGCCCUCCACGAAAUUCGACAGCAACAUGAAGCACCUCGCCGAGCAGCCGCCGGCCUCGGCGAGGAAGUAUUUCUACAGAGUAGAGAACACGGCUACGCCGCAGACGGACAACCCCAUACUGUGCGUUCGCCCGGUCACUGACAGGGUCCGCAAGUUCUCCAGGCUGUUUAUUUCGCAGGCCUUCUCCCGGGGCUUCGCCGACCGCCUGCAGAUUUUGUCCAUUGACUUCAUCGACGAGGCCUUCGUCGACGCUUGCGUUGGCGUGACUCAUGCCAGAUUGGAAGGCAAGGCAUGA